AUGUCAACACCAAAGAUUAAAACUAUAUCAAUAGCCAACCCUGAUUACACUCCUAAUAAUAAAUUAAUUUUUAAAAAUAAUAUUCAAUCCAAUUAUUUUGAUAAUAACCACAUCCACAAUAAUAACGACAUUCAAAAUAAUACAAGUAAAUCAUUAAUUGCCGAUUUACAGACUUCAAGAGACUUCACAGAUCUUAAAAAUGAAACAUUAUUCUCUAACACACAGAAAAAUUAUAAAUUAACAACUUCUAAUAACAUAAAUAAGUUACUAAAUAUAAGAAGCAACAGUGUUUAUACCAGUGCCCAAAAUAAUUUUUCUAUGAGAGAAUCUGAAGUAAAUCAAAAUGGUCAUCGACAGAUUGAACCUAAUUCAUCUUCACAAAUUAAUACUGACAAUGUAUUUUCGAGGGGACCUCAACAGCGUAAAAAUUCCCUAGACUCUUUGAUCAAAGCAACACAAUCUGUUGAAAAAAAUUAUGAUUCAAAGUUGUUAUCAAGUAAAAAUAAUGAUACGACAAGUUUUCCAGUUGAGCAACCAAAUAAUAUCGCAAAUAAUUCUGUCAAUGAUUCUGAACAACUCUAUAAAAUCAGUUUUAAUCCAACUGUUAUUGAUAAAACCGCAGAUGCGAAUAACAUAAAUCAUACAUAUAGAGAAAAAAUUUCAAGGUUGGUCCAAGCACAUCAAAUCUUUAAUGACGACAUCCAAUCGUUUCCACUUUAUAAACAGUUAGAGAGUACAUUUCCAUACCUUCCAAAUUUACUCACAUAUGAUGCAAAGACAUUAGAUGAUUCUAUUAUUGAUUCAUUAAGCUAUGAACAACUUCUAAGCAUAUCUCAAUCAUACAACAAUUUCCGUUCGAUAUUCGAUGAAAUAAUACAGCUGAAGAAGGAGAAAUCAAAAAAUAAUGACGCAUACAGUCUUCCAACAUUGCCAAGACAGCUCACGCAAGCUUCUACUUUCAGUAAUGCACAAAAUGGUCAGAACGGUUCUCUGUCGCAAUCAUAUUCUUAUAAUGCUGUCAGAAGAAAAACUGAUCCAGCAACUACUGUUUUACCAUCCAUUGGUUCAUUAACCAAUUACAGAGGACUACUCAAUAGUAGAAGUGAGACAGACAUAUCGGGAAAUAUAUUAGAUACUAAGGCAUACAAUCAAUCCCGUCCAGUGACGCUCAAUGACAGGCAAGUAUACUCAAACCAUAAGAAAUCGAAUUCAGAUCCAAUAGAUACUUCAAUUUAUUCACCUACAACCCAACUUCCAAAUAGAAAUCAGAACAUCGAUAACGUAAACUAUGCUGUCAAGAAACCGGCAAUCAGAGCAGGAACAAACUCCAUCACCAAAGGUGGAAAACUAUCAAAUAUAGUUAAUACUAAUAUUCCUAGUCAGCAUUCAUAUGGAGUUAAUAACCCCAGAACAUUUGUAAUAAAUUCUAUAAUAAAUCCACAACCAAUUGAAGGUCAUCAUUAUCAACAACCACAGGUACAGCGCACACAACAUAAUAACCAAACUGUUCCACAACAACAAUAUUCCCAGUUCUAUAGACCUCAUACAUCCGGUGGAUCAUCUUAUUCUAGCAAUGUCGGAAUUGGAGCAAAUGCGUCAUAUAAUAUUCCUGGCGCAGUUGCGACUGACACAAUUUCUAAGCAACAUAGUGCAACUCCUGACGCAACCUCUAGCGAUCAAGGAAGUAGCAAUGGAACGCGUCAUAAUUCGGUUACUGAGGAAUUACUUAUUGCAGAAUCGAUGCGAAAAAAUGAAAUUACAAAAAUGGCAUGCGUACAUUGCAACGAUCACGAUACUCCUGAAUGGAGGAAGGGUCCUUACGGUAACAGGACCCUAUGCAAUGCAUGUGGUUUAUUCUAUAGAAAACUAAUAAAGAAAUUUGGUUUAAAAUCAGCUAAUUUGGUAAUGAGAUAUAGGAAAAAUAUAUCACCUCAUGAUCGUAGGGUACCUUCUGGUCUAAGUAACAUUCCCGAGUCCCACAUAAAAGUACUGAAUUCAGAUAAGACGUUGGAUGAUGAUUAUAAUACUAUCCCAUAA